AUGGCUUCUGAGAGUAAUGGAGUUUCCAAGCUCAAGACUCCUGAAAUCAAGUUCGCCAAGCUCUUCAUCAAUGGCCAGUUCAUUGAUUCUGUCUCUGGAAAGAAAUUUGAAACAAUAGAUCCUAGAACAGGAGAAAUGGUAACACAAGUAGCAGAAGGUGACAAGGAAGACGUUGACAUAGCCGUUAAGGCUGCAAGGGAAGCCUUUGACCAUGGCAAAUGGCCUCGCAUUUCUGGCUUUGAAAGGGGAAGAAUAUUGUUCAAGUUGGCCGAUUUGAUCGACCAACAUGGAGAAGAGAUCGCCAUGCUUGACUCCAUUGAUGCCGGAAAGCUACUGCACAUUACAAGAGCCUUUGACAUCCCAUUUGCAGCCAAUUGUUUCAGGUAUUAUGGUGGUGCUGCUGAUAAAAUUCAUGGUGAGACACUCAAGUGUGCAGGUGAGUUCCAGGCUUAUACUCUCAAGGAGCCAGUUGGUGUGGUUGGCCACAUCAUUCCUUGGAACUUCCCAACUGUGCUUUUCGCCGCUAAGGUCGCUGCGGCGCUUGCUUCCGGAUGCACCAUGGUCGUCAAGCCGGCCGAACAAUCGCCGCUAUCAGCUUUGUAUCUUGCUCACUUGGCCAAAGAGGCUGGUAUUCCUGAUGGAGUUAUCAAUGUUAUCACUGGCUAUGGCCCAACUGCUGGAGCUGCCAUAGCUUCUCACAUGGAUGUUGAUGCUGUGAGCUUCACAGGAUCAACAGAAGUAGGGAAAUUAGUUAUGGGAGCAGCAGCAGCAAGCAAUUUAAAGAUUGUUUCAUUAGAAUUAGGAGGAAAAUCUCCAUUAAUUAUCUUCAGUGAUGCAGAUAUAGACAUGGCUGUCCAGACUGCUUGGCAGGCUGUUUUCUUUAAUCAGGAUCAUAGUUGGCGGGCGACGGAAGUCAGAAAGGUCAUAGUCUGGUGA